CGGCGGUCAGACCUUGAGAAGCGGCCCAUUGUGAAGCUGCCAAAGUCGCUCUAGUGGUGGAAUCUGCAAAUCUCGGCCAGAAAGGAACCCAGAUCGCGAAGGGAAUGACGGCCGCGUGUUUUCCCCUUGGCAAGUGUCUGCCUUGCUGGAAGACUCCCGGGCUCUCUGCCCACGCCGCGUUGCUCGGAGUGGGCUGACGAUUUCUGCAGAACCAGGGUUUGCGUGUGGUGUGAUGUAGUGUGUGUGCGCGUGUGCGUGUGUGUGUGUGUAUCUCUGUGUGCACGCGAGCGAGCGCGCGCUCGAGGCUGGAAGACUCUGGAAACACUGGAACUGAACUUUUUCAUCCUUCCUAGACGAAUACGCUUGGAAACAGCAACAUUGUACUCUGUUAGCGGCUCCUAGCCAGGAAAGCAGAUGCUACACAAGAUCUCUUGAGUAUCUGGAGUAGAACAGAGAAAUUAUUAUGCCUGUGCUCUCUUGGGACUCUUUGGAAGCUGCACAGUGACGUCAUCUGGGAUUUAGUCUGGGGUGUGCAGCCUGGUGCCUAAGAUGGAAGUAGAUAUAAACGGGGAGUCCAGAAGUACCCUGACCACCCUGCCCUUACCUGUGGCUGAGGGGAGCUCGCCAGGAAAAGCCGAGGCCGAGAAACCCCGCUGCUCUAGCACGCCAUGCUCUCCCAUGCGUCGGACUGUGUCUGGUUAUCAGAUCCUCCACAUGGACUCUAACUAUUUGGUUGGCUUCACAACUGGCGAGGAACUCCUGAAGCUAGCCCAGAAGUGCACGGGAGGGGAAGAGAGCAAGGGAGAAGCCGUGCCUCCCCUGCGCUCUAAACAGCUGGAUUCAGGACUUGCGCGCUCCUCACGUCUGUAUAAAACAAGAAGUAGAUUCUAUCAGCCAUAUGAGAUUCCAGCUGUUAAUGGCAGGCGGCGAAGGCGGAUGCCCAGCUCAGGAGACAAGUGCACCAAAUCCUUACCUUAUGAACCUUAUAAGGCCCUCCAUGGGCCCUUGCCUCUCUGUCUUCUUAAAGGUAAGAGGGCUCACUCCAAAUCCCUGGACUACCUCAAUCUAGAUAAAAUGAACAUCAAGGAGCCAGCUGACACAGAAGUGCUACAGUACCAGCUUCAACACCUGACCCUCCGAGGGGACCGAGUGUUUGCUAGGAACAACACAUGAAUGGCUCGCUCAGAGUUUAAACCACUUUAGGUUAGCCUGUACUCGGCUAGAGAAAAAUCUACUGUCGUACUCUGUACAUGACCCUUCACGUUAGAGAUGGUUAUAUCAGCUAAGUGUUCCUGGAACAUAAAAAAAAAAUUGUUUGGAUCAAGUUUUGGAUACAGGAAUGAAAUCACAGGUACUUGGG